CUGCUAAUCAAUUAUUCGUUGGUGGGUCGCCAUCAAAACUUUUGAUUAACCGGUCAGCAAGUACUGUGAUUCAGUCAAACUUCCUUCCUAUUCCUCUACGCGUCUGAGUUGACCUGCGGGACAGCCUGCAGACCACAAGGAUCGACUUCCACAUGCUGAGCUUGCUAGCCGCUCAUUCUGCUUCAGCUUCAGAAACUACGCUCCUCACUUCGGAUCUCAUCCAGGAAGACACUUAGGCUUUGUUUGCUUCAGAUCUCUAAAGAGCUAAGACCACAGUCAGGAGUCCUGCUCUGCUCUUCUCUACUCCGCAUCCAUAUCAGAGAAAGGAAUACAAUGGACAACACAAGUGGUGCACCAACGCUUAUGCCUCUACAUUUAUCAGAAGAAAUUACAAAUGAUUUCUCCGACGAUCAGAAAGUUGGUGCUGGUUCGUAUGGAAGUGUUUACAAGGGAGAGCAUAAAAAUGGGGAGACAAUCGCUGUGAAGUUGCUUCAUUACAUUCCAGGACUUGAUGAUGAGCAAUUUAAGAAGGAGUAUCUCAACCUUGCAAGUCUCCAACACAAGAAUAUUGUGAGGUUAGUUGGCUAUUGCCAUGAAACUCGACGAGAAAUCCUACCGUUUGAUGGGAAAAUGGUGUUUGCUGAGAUGACCAAGAGAGCACUUUGUUUCGAGUAUAUGGAGAAUGGAAGUCUUGACAAGUAUCUUUCUGAUGAAUUUACUGGACAUGAUUGGUGCACACGCUAUGCAAUAAUAAAUGGGAUUUGCCAAGGAUUGAAAUACCUUCACGAGGAACUGCAAUCUCCUAUGUACCAUUUGGAUAUAAAGCCAGCCAAUGUAUUGUUGGAUGACAAUAUGGUUCCAAAACUUGCGGAUUUUGGCUUGUCAAGGCUUUUCAGCGGAGGAAAAACACAAGUGACAAAAAGUGCUUUAGGAACACAUGGUUACGUCCCGCCGGAAUACAUUGAUGCGGCUGUUAUCUCAAAUAAGUUCGACAUAUUCAGCUUAGGUGUUGUAAUCAUAAAGAUAAUGACCGGACCAACAGGCUACUUCAGAAUUGAUGAAAUGUCUUCCCAACAAUUCAUAGAGCUUGUACAUGCGAACUGGACAAAAAGGCUCUAUGAGACAUCAGUGUAUCUUUUGGAUUCAUAUUUUGAACAAGUGAGGAGAUGCAUCGAAAUAGCUUUAAGCUGUGUGGAAGCCGAUCGAUAUAAAAGGCCGAGUAUAGGCCUAAUCGUCAGUAAGCUGAACGAGACAGAGACUAUGAUACAGUCUCCUGAUAAGGACAUACGGUCAUCGAUGUAUAAGAUCUUCCAUUGCAUUUCCAUCGAGAGUGAGUUGAUGGAUAACCCACUGAACAAAUUAAGCUCGUACCCGCUGCAUGUAAAUGAUAACAGAGGUAGGUCUCAUAAGAUAACACAUUCGACCAUUUGCAAGCCAGAGGAUGAUACAGCAACCUUUGAGGCAAUCCGACCGAAAAUCAUGAUUAUAGACUGCACGGAAGAUUUGGGACUAGUGUGUACAACAGAUGUUCACCCAACCGAGCCUUGGAUUUUGGUUGGCCAUGGGAAUGGGUAUGUCUCCAUUUGGAACCAUCAGACCCAGGGAAGAUUGAUGACAUUUGACAUCCUGAACAAGCCAAGUCUUGUAGUAUCUGCAGUUAGAUUCAUCACGAGCAUGUACAAGAUUCUAUUAUGUGCAGUUAGAUUCAUCGCACAAAAGCAGUGGUUUGUUGCCGGUGAUUAUGAGGGGCACAUCCACGUGUAUACAUAUGCGACAAAGUACAAGCUGAGAAAAUUCCAAGCUCAUGAGAACAUGAUCAAUUCACUGGCUGUUCACCCAACUGAUCCAUUUGUCCUAUCAUCGUCGAACGAUAACUUGAUCAAACUAUGGAACUGGGAGAAUGGCUGGGAGUGCAUUAGGACAUUCCAAGCACACUCCAAAUGGGUUGAGUCAGUGAAGUUUAACCCGCUGGCUACAAGCAACACUUUUGCUAGUGCUUCCAGGGACGGCACAAUAAAGAUCUGGAGCAUAUUUUCAGACACUCCUAUUACCACGUUGGAGUGCGGGAUGGCUGAACUGACGUCGGUUCAUUAUUUCGUCGUUCAUGGUAAUCAGGAGUUUAUUGUUGCAGGAUCUGCCUCUGGGACUGCAUGUAUCUGGGAUUUGGGGAUGGAGACAUGUAUUCGGAACGUCAAUGGACUCCAAGAAAAAUGGUGCACUGUUGCUGUUGUCAAUUGCCUUCCAAGACAUCCGAUUUUGGUUACAGUUUCGCAAGACCACACUGUUUCUUUCUGCAACUCCAAUACCCACAGAUACAAGAACAUUGUUGACUUCAGUCUGGGACGUAUUAUGGAUUUUGCAUACACCAAGGUCACAAGAAGCCUCGUCGUCGCAGGAGAACGCGGAAUUGCACUGAUGGAGAUCAGUUAGCCUAGCUCAAUGAUCUCUCUAGCAAACAAGGAAAAUCGAAGGAAUACAGAUCAUGAAUUGUAUGAGGCUAAAUUGGCAGUUAAAGGAUGCCAGAUAGAGAAUUGACUUUGGUGAACUUUGAUGUACUUCGGUGUUAACUCU